AAACAAAUUCGUCGUAUUUCAUUAACAGCAAUAAAAACAGAUGAAGAGUUUAUUAAACGUCUUGCUCCAAGAGUAUCACAUUUAUAUAAUGGAUGGCAACCAAGUGAUACAAUAUUUAAAUAUAUUGAUAAAUUAAUUUUAGUUUGCGCACAUACAGAUGAAUUUCAUCCAUUAAAUAAAUAUCUUAUGUCAGAUAUAUCAUAUUAUUUUGAUGAUGACUUCAUUGAUGAAUCAGAUUUAUUUCAAAAUCAAAGACAUUUAGAUAAAAUGGAAUCUCGAAUUAAACAACCUACUCAACGUUUUCGUGAUGAUUAUAUUGUUAAAGAAUUUUUUCAUUGUUGGAAAGAUUAUACUGUUGAACAAGCUCGUAUAGCUGAAUUAAGACGAAAACAUAUUACAAUUGAUUUUCGUGAAUUUUGGUUUCAAGAUGCUAUUUCUGAUUCAUUCUAUUCUUAUUUUGAACAACCAUUAGAUUAUAUUAAAAAACAAGAUAAUCAUCAUCAAAUGGCAUAUCGUUUACAUAAACGUCUUGUACGUACAGGUCGUGAACAACCAAAAGAAACAAUGAAUAAUAUAAAUCGUUCAUUAUUUUUAUCUAUACUAUUUAAUUUACCAAAAAAUAAUCUUGAUCGACAAAUAUCUCUUAGUCGACGUCGUCAAUUAAUUAAUUAUGAUAAUAAUGAUAAUAAAAAUUAUUUUAUAUCUUUAUCAAAUUUAAUAACACAUAAUGAUGAA